AUGGUACUGCGAGUGGCACAAAGCGUGCAGGCUGCGGGGUACAGCCUACGCGCCAUCUCUGCACCCAACACACCCUGCCCACCAUGGCCCUGGGGACUGCAGGCCAGCACCAUCCGGGCGCUGCGCACCGGCCCUGCUCUGCUCUCAGUGUGUAAAUUCACAGAAAAACAUGAAUGGGUAACAACAGAAAACGGUGUUGAAACAGUGGGAAUCAGCAAUUUUGCACAGGAAGCUUUGGGAGAUGUUGUUUACUGUAGUCUGCCUGAAGUUGGGACAAAAUUGAACAAACAAGAGGAAUUUGGUGCUUUGGAAAGUAUGAAAGCUGCUAGUGAACUCUAUUCUCCUCUAUCAGGAGAAGUAACUGAAAUUAAUGAAGUUCUAGCAGAAAAUCCAGGACUUGUCAACAAAUCUUGUUAUGCAGAUGGUUGGCUGAUCAAGAUGACACUCAGUAACCCUUCAGAACUAGAUGAACUAAUGAGGGAAGAAGCACAUGAGAAAUACAUAAAAUCUAUUGAGGAGUGA